GUGCGCACGCCCGCGGCCCCGCGCGAGCCCCGUCCGCCCCGCGCCGCCGAGUCCCGCGCCCCGUGCACGGCCGCCGCUGCGUCCCGACCGAGUGCGGAGCCCGGCGCGAUGCGACGCUCCGAGGCGGGCCGCGCCGUGCUCCUGGCGCUGCUGGCCGCGCACUUCCAGGCGAGUCCGGCGCUGUUGGAGAAGAAAGUUUGCCAAGGGACAAGUAACAAGCUCACCCAGUUGGGCACUUUUGAAGACCACUUUGUGAGCCUCCAGAGGAUGUUCAAUAACUGUGAGGUUGUCCUUGGGAAUUUGGAAAUUACCUACAUGCAAAGUAGUUACAACCUUUCUUUCCUAAAGACCAUCCAGGAGGUUGCUGGCUAUGUACUCAUUGCCCUCAACACAGUGGAGAAGAUUCCUUUGGAAAAGCUGCAGAUCAUCAGAGGAAAUGUGCUCUAUGAAAACACCCAUGCCUUAGCGGUCUUAUCCAACUACGGUGCAAAUAAAACCGGACUGAGGGAGUUGCCCAUGAGAAACUUACAGGAGAUCCUGCAAGGCGCCGUGCGAUUCAGCAACAACCCCGUGCUCUGCAACAUGGAGACUGUCCAGUGGAGGGACAUCGUCCACACCGACUUUCUAAGCAAUAUGUCGAUUGAAUUUCAGAACCAGCUGAGCAAAUGCCCAAAGUGUGAUCCAGUCUGUCUUAAUGGAAGCUGCUGGGGUGCGGGGAAGGAGAACUGCCAGAAAAUGACCAAAGUCAUCUGUGCCCAGCAGUGUUCCGGGCGCUGCCGCGGCAGAUCCCCCAGCGACUGCUGCCACAGCCAGUGUGCCGCCGGCUGCACGGGGCCGCGGGAGAGCGACUGCCUGGUCUGCCGCAGGUUCCGGGACGAAGCCACGUGCAAGGACACAUGCCCGCCACUCAUGCUGUACGACCCCACCACCUACGAGAUGAAAGUCAACCCACUGGGGAAGUACAGCUUCGGCGCCACCUGUGUCAGGAAGUGCCCCCGUAACUACGUGGUGACGGACCACGGCUCGUGCGUCCGCGCCUGCAGCUCGGACAGCCAGGAGGUGGAGGAGGACGGCGUCCGCAAGUGUAAAAAGUGCGACGGGCCUUGUGGCAAAGUUUGUAACGGAAUAGGAAUUGGUGAGUUUAAAGAUACACUUUCCAUAAAUGCUACAAAUAUUAAACACUUCAGAAAUUGCACCUCGAUCAGUGGAGACCUUCAUAUCCUGCCAGUAGCAUUUAGGGGUGAUUCCUUCACACGUACUCCACCUCUGGACCCAAAGGAACUGGACAUUCUAAAAACUGUAAAGGAAAUAACAGGGUUUUUGCUGAUUCAGGCCUGGCCUGCAAACAGGACUGGCCUCCAUGCUUUUGAGAACCUGGAAAUCAUACGUGGCAGGACGAAGCAACAUGGUCAGUUUUCUCUUGCGGUUGUUGGCCUGGAUAUAAUGUCCUUGGGAUUACGCUCCCUCAAGGAGAUAAGUGAUGGAGAUGUGAUCAUUUCAGGAAACCGAAAGUUGUGCUACGCAGAUACAAUAAACUGGAAAAAACUCUUUGGGACCUCAAAUCAGAAAACCAAAAUUAUAAACAACAGGAGUGAAAAAGAGUGCAAGGCCAUGGGCCACGUCUGUAACCCGCUGUGCUCGUCAGAGGGCUGCUGGGGCCCGAAACCCAAAGACUGCGUGUCUUGCCGAAACUUCAGCCGUGGCAAGGAGUGUGUGGAGAAGUGCAACAUUCUAAAGGGAGAGCCCAGGGAGUUCGUCGAGAACUCCGAGUGCGUGCAGUGCCAUCCGGAAUGUCUGCCCCAGGCCAUGAACGUGACCUGCACGGGACACGGACCAGGCAGUUGUGUAAAGUGUGCCCACAACACUGACGGCCCUCACUGCGUCAAGACCUGCCCUGCUGGAGUCACAGGAGAAAACAGCACCCUGAUCUGGAAGUAUGCAGAUGCCAAUCACAUGUGUCACCUCUGCCACCCCAGCUGCACCUACGGCUGUGCUGGGCCAGGUCUUCAAGGCUGUGCAGUGAAUGGGCCCAGGAUUCCGUCCAUCGCCACCGGGAUCGUGGGCGCCCUGCUGCUGGCGCUGGUGCUGGCCCUGGGCGUCGGCCUCUUUCUGCGCAGGCGCCGCAUCGUCCGCAAGCGCACGCUGCGCCGGCUGCUGCAGGAGCGCGAGCUUGUCGAGCCUCUGACGCCCAGCGGAGAAGCUCCCAACCAAGCUCUCUUGAGGAUCUUAAAGGAGACGGAAUUAAAAAAGGUCAAGGUGCUGGGCUCCGGAGCAUUCGGCACGGUGUACAAGGGACUCUGGAUCCCAGAAGGCGAGAAGGUUAAAAUUCCUGUGGCUAUCAAGGAAUUAAGAGAAGCCACAUCUCCAAAAGCCAACAAGGAAAUUCUUGAUGAAGCCUACGUGAUGGCCAGUGUGGACAACCCUCACGUGUGCCGCCUCCUGGGCAUCUGCCUGACGUCCACGGUGCAGCUCGUCACGCAGCUCAUGCCCUUCGGCUGCCUGCUGGAUUAUGUGCGUGAACACAAGGACAACAUCGGCUCCCAGCACCUGCUCAACUGGUGCGUGCAGAUCGCAAAGGGCAUGAACUACCUGGAAGACCGGCGCUUGGUGCACCGAGACCUGGCGGCCAGGAAUGUGCUGGUGAAGACGCCGCAGCACGUCAAGAUCACGGAUUUCGGGCUGGCCAAACUGCUGGGCGCCGAGGAGAAGGAGUACCAUGCAGAAGGGGGCAAAGUGCCUAUCAAGUGGAUGGCCUUGGAAUCAAUUUUACACCGAAUUUACACCCACCAGAGUGAUGUCUGGAGCUACGGAGUCACCGUUUGGGAGUUGAUGACCUUUGGGUCCAAGCCUUACGACGGGAUCCCCGCGAGUGAGAUCUCAACCGUCCUGGAGAAGGGAGAACGCCUGCCUCAGCCGCCCAUCUGCACCAUCGACGUCUACAUGAUCAUGGUCAAGUGCUGGAUGAUUGAUGCAGAUAGUCGCCCAAAGUUCCGUGAGUUGAUCAUUGAAUUCUCCAAAAUGGCCCGAGACCCCCAGCGCUACCUUGUCAUCCAGGGGGACGAGAGGAUGCAUUUGCCAAGCCCUACGGACUCCAACUUCUACCGCACCCUGAUGGACGAAGAGGACAUGGAGGAUGUCGUGGACGCCGAUGAGUACCUCAUCCCCCAGCAGGGCUUCUUCCACAGCCCCACCACUUCCCGGACGCCCCUCCUCAGUUCCCUGAGCGCCACCAGCAGCACUCCCACUGUGGCUUGCGUUGAUAGAAACGGGCAGAGCUAUCCCCUCAAGGAAGACAGCUUCUUGCAGCGGUACAGCUCAGACCCCACUGGCACCUUGACCGAGGACAGCAUCGAUGACGCCUUCCUUCCAGCGGCCGAAUACGUAAACCAGUCGAUUCCCAAAAGGCCCGCGGGCUCUGUCCAGAACCCCGUCUAUCACAAUCAGCCUCUAAACCCAGCUCCAGGCAGAGACCCUCACUACCAGAAUUCCCACAGCAAUGCCGUGGGCAACCCUGAGUAUCUCAACACCGCCCAGCCCGCCUGCGCCAGCGGUGUGCUCGACGGCCCUGCCCUCUGGGCGCAGAAAGGCGGUCACCAGAUUAACCUGGACAACCCUGACUACCAGCAGGCCUUCCUUCCCAAGGACGCCAAGUCAAACGGCAUCUUUAAGGGUCCCGCCGCUGAAAAUGCGGAAUACCUGAGGGCAGCGCCGGCAGGCAGUGACCUUACCGGGGCCUGACCACGGAGGAUGGCCUCAGCCCUAAAAAUUCCAGCCCCUUCAGCCCCCAGGACCAAGCCACGGCAGCUACUCAGUCCUGCCAGCCAUACUCACGUUCACUCUUGGACCCGUGGACUGGUUUGGCCACAUCUGCCGUGAUCAGCCCAUCUUUCAGCCAACAAGUGUCCCCGACUCGGAUGCACUUUGGGGAAUUGCAGGGACAUUCCUUUGUCUUCAAACUGUGAGGCUUCCACAAAAGGCAUCCAGAAAGAAUGUUGUCCGUUUGGGCAGAAGUUCACCUUUCAAUGAGGUAUAUUUGAAAAACACUAAAUAUGUUUAAGGAGUUUUAUUGCUUGGGGACCUCUGCGGUUUUAAUUGUCAUUGAUUUUGCUCUUAAUGGACUUUUCCAAUGAGGGAAAAUCUUGCUCGUAGCACCUGUGGCACUGAGUUGACCCAGGCCCACCUGUGACCAAGAAGCAAGGGUCAGUCUUCCAGCUAACACUUGAUUCCCUUGGCUCUGCUUGGAGACUCUUCCAUUGCAAGACAGUUGAAUAACGAACCAGUCCUCUGGAUCCUAAGCAGGCCCGAUUGGUACUAUAUCAAAUCACGGCAGGUGCAAGAGGAUAAGCCACUUUGAACUCUUCCUGGGCAAGGAAGAAACAGAGGGGGUAGAAUUCUUCCUCAGACUUACUUUUAUGUAAAUGUCUCCAUGGUACUUAACUCUCCAUUGGUUGACCAGUGUUUUCUAAUUACAGGUAUUAGAUUUGUUUCUUUUCCAUUCCAUUGUUUUGAAAUUCAGUAUGCUUUCCCUGUCAGCAGGAGGAGACGGUAACCAAGAUCAGCUCAUAUUUGAUUCGUCAGCAUUCAGACCAGUUGCCUUUAAUUGAGAUGGAAUGACAGUGCAAAAAAGGAACAAAUCCCCCAAAUUUGAGUCCCAGAGGAAAUACAUCAAGUCCUUUGGGGGUCAGGGGACAGGCAUGUAUCGGGAGACUGCAAAAACGAAGCUGCGAUUAAAACUUUGAGCUCCCCCCGACAAAAAAAAAAUUUGUUUAAGCUACUCAUGGAAGAUAGUUUUCUUUUUAUUUCACUUCAAGGGUUUUUUACUCCAAGGGUACUUUGCUCCUCACCGGUAAGCUGCCCCCGAAGCUCCUCCUCGCCCUUGGUGAGCUGAAGGGUCCAGGCUCUGGGGCAGCUCUGCAGACAUGUCUCGCCCUCACCACUGCUGGCACGUUUUAGACUAGAGACAGCAUUUUGUGUCGUGUGGAAUUCAGGUGGUAAAUAUGAAAUUUGACUUUGAUGAUACUGCCUUCAUACCAUCUAUAGGCAUGUGAGAAGAAGAAAACAAUUUCCCCUUAAAAUAACUCCCUGUAAUUGGAGGACCUGCUGCUUAGGACACCAGCAUUUUCUCAGCUGUGUCCCCGCACCCUGACUGUUAACACACUUCUUUGUAGACAGUGUUAUAAACACUCUUCAGCAUCCACUGCAGCCAGGAAGAAAUGUUUCAGACAGUAUUUUCAGCCGCCCAUCCCACAUCCCACAUCCACGAUUUUCCUUUAGCUUUUAUUUAUUGACUCAGAUGGAUCAGGGCCCCAGUUUUGUUACCAAAGUAUUUUAUUUUGUCUCAAUGGAAAUAUACACUAUAUUCAAUUCCAUCACAUCGUGUUCUAAAUACCCUUGAACACCUUACCAGCCUGGCAUAGGUACUGAAGAUAAAUAAAACAUAAUCCGUGAUUCCACGAAAUUCACAAUUUAGCGAAGAAAAUUGACUCACAAAUACCAGCCUUAAAACGAUAUGACAGAUGCCAGACAUGACAUGUCAGCCCAGCACCGUGACAGCACAAAGCAGGGCGUAAGGGGGGACCGGGUCCUGGAGGAGCCGUGGUGGAGUUGGGUUAAAAGACCCCCCAGGGUGUCAGCCACUGGAAAAUGGAAAGUGCAUUCCCAGCAGAGGGAGUGUCACCCACGAAAGCAUCUGCCACAGGAACCACUCAUGCAGCCGGUCUACAGGCCCACUGCCCCUUCCGGCCUGGGAGUUACGUUCCCCAAGGGCCCUUCGGGUCCGUCCCCACGGGGGAUUUGAAAAUGAUUCGAGGAAAGAUUAAACAACAUCUCCUAAGAAUCUGAAAUUUUAUGUCCUUGUCAGUAAACCACUUUCAUUAUUUAUUCACCUCAGAACAUAAAUACUUUAGCCCACUAUUUAUCCAGCACUGAGAAACAGAACGAUUCACAUUCUGCUGUCACUUAUUUGUCAGGAAACAGAUGGUGAGGGAGGACCACGACAUGCUGGUCCAAUUGUAGCAGUAAAAUCCUAGUAUUUUUGUAAUUUGAAAUACUUUAACAUAAUAAAACAGCGAGAACUA